AUGGACCUCACUCUGGCAGAUGCCAUCAACCUGAAAUGCAAAGCCAACAAGAAGGCUGCGAUGCAGGAGCUCAAUGACUUCACAGACAAGGUCUGCUUCUUGGAGCAGCAGAACAAGGUCUUAUUGGCUGAAUUGGAGCAGCUGAAGGGCAAGGGUACCUCUAGGGUGGGGGAUCUGUACGAAGGGGAGAUAAGCGACCUUCACAGGCAGGUGUACCUCUUCACCAAAGAGAAAGCCAGCAUGGAAGUGGAGAGGGACAACCUGGCAGGUUAUAUAAAUACAAUACACCCUAAUGUUGUGUUUCAUUUAUGGGUGGAAGGUGGUGGACUGGAUCAUCUACUGGUUGCUCAGAGGGAGGAAUCAUCUACUGGUUCAUCAGAGGAAGGGGGUCCAGAGCCUAGAUUGGGGUUCCUGAGAAGGGGGGCUCAUACUCUAGACUGGGAGUUCCUCAGAAGUGAGGUUCAGUGUCUAGAUCAGGGGAUCCUCAGAGGGGGAUUCCAGCAUAUAGAUCGAGGUUCCUCAAAGGGUAGAAUCAUGUACUGGAUCCUUAGAGGGGGGAAUGGUAAAAUGGUUCCUUAG